AUGACGAGGGGAGGCUGCAAGGAGGAGCUGGGGAAGGUGAUGGGCCCGCUGUUCCCGCGGCUCCACGUCAGCGACGCAGGCAAGGGCGGCGGCCCGCGGGCUUCGCCCAGGAACAAGAUGGCGCUCUACGAGCAGCUCACCGUGCCGUCCAACCGCUUCAGCUCCCCUGCCGCCGCCUCCGCCCGCGCCGCGGGGGCCAGCCUCGUGCCCUCCACGUCGGCUGCCCAGGGCAGUCUAAUAGUACAAGAAGAGAAUCCCACGGGAAACUCUAUCAAUGGGCAGUCUAAUGAACCUGCUCGUUCAUCUGAAAAGUUCAAAGGAAACUCUAUCAAUGGGCAGUCUAAUAGUACAAGAAGAGAAUCUCUGAGGAUGUCCUUACAGACCAAGAGCAAGGAUGUCUGUGCUUCAAAAUCAAUUGCCGAGUGCACCCCACAGCAUAGAGUGGGCAACACCAUCAAGUCUUCUGGGAAGAAAGUGAUAAAUCAAAACCCCAAUCUGCUACAAAUCCACACAAAAGUCCUUCUGCAGUGUCCAAAUCAUCUGCAAAGAGAAAGAAGCAGGGCAAGGUUCAAAAGUGUGGAAGUUAAAGAAAAGAAUUCAUCAGUUCAGGCAUCAGAAAAGUUCAAAGACAAAUAUGCUAAACUAUGUCAAAUGAGGAAUAAGGUGAGUAAUAUAAAUCGUUCUGACAAUAACAGUCACCAACCUACAAGCGUGAAUGGAAAAUCCACAGAAGCAAAGAACCCUACAGCAACUAGAAAUCCAUCAUCCUGUAAACCAUGUACUGAUGUAGAUAGCUGUAACUGGAAUUCUAAUUUACUGGAAAGAAGCCCACGGGAAGGUGGUGCAAAGAGAAAACGAGAACAUCACAAUGGAGAGCAAAAUGAUGAUUUAUCUGACUUCUCAGUGGAAUGCAUACCUGGGUGGGAGCUCUCUCCAGAUGAAAUUGUUGGUGAAAUUGGUCCAAAGCAUUUCUGGAAGGCGAGAAGAGCUAUUCAGAAUCAGCAGAGGGUUUUUGCUGUCCAAGUGUUCGAGCUGCAUAAGCUGAUAAAAGUGCAGAAGUUGAUUGCAGCAUCUCCACAUCUGCUUAUUGAAGGUGAUCCUGUAUUGAAGACCCUGUCAAUCACAAACAAAGAUGAUAUCCAGCCAACUCUAGAGCAACCAGAGCUAUCAAAACAAAACACGGAAGGAAACCCGUCGCACCAUUCUCGUGAUAUUGGACUUAGCGACAACCAUCAUGAUCAAGCUGCAGCAAACGAAACCUUUACAAGCAACCCUCCAGCUAUUCCUGUUGCUCCUGACAACAAACAGAAUAACUGGUGCAUGAAUCUGCCACAGAAUCAGUGGCUUGUCCCAGUUAUGUCGCCUUCUGAAGGUCUUGUCUAUAAGCCUUAUGCUGGCCCUUGUCCCCCAGUUGCAAAUCUGUUGACACCAUUUUACGCCAACUGUACUCCGUUAAGACUGCCUUCUACACCAUAUGGUGUUCCUAUGCCUCACCAGCCACAGCAUAUGGUCCCUCCUGGUGCUCCUGCCAUGCAUAUGAACUACUUCCCACCUUUCAGUAUGCCAGUGAUGAAUCCAGGAACACCAGCAUCUGCAGUGGAGCAAGGGAGCCAUGCUGCUGCGCCACAGCCUCAUGGGCACAUGGAACAGCAGUCGCUGAUCUCAUGUAACAUGUCACACCCAAGUGGCAUUUGGAGAUUUCUUGCAUCAAGGGACAGCGAGCCACAAGCCAGCAGCGCCAGCAGCCCUUUUGAUAGGCUUCAAGCUCAAGGUGAUGGAAGUGGCCCGGGGUCAUUCUUUCCCACUGCUUCAGUUCUGAAUGCCCAGCCUCAGCCCUCAUCUGGAGGCCGGGACCAGCAGAACCAUGUAAUCAGGGUUGUUCCGCGUAACGCACAGACUGCUUCAGUUCCGAAUGCCCCGCCUCAGCCGUCAUCUGGAGGCCAGGACCAGCAGAACCAUGUAAUCAGGGUUGUUCCGCAUAACGCACAGACGGCUUUAGAGUCAGCAGCACGGAUUUUCUGGUCAAUACAAAUGGAGAGGAAGCAAAAUGAUUCGUAG